UACGACAACGUGCGGCUGCGCAGAGUGGCUGACGGCAAAGCCGCGCUGCUCUAGGAGAGGUCACUCCGGAGACCGUAUAKGUUUUGGGGUGUGGGGGGAAUCAGUGGCAUUAUGUGGCGCGUCUGUGCGAGACGGGCCCAGAGUGCAGCCCCAAGGACGGGACUCGGAGCUCGAUGGACGGCCUCCCGGGAGGGAUCUGCAGCUCAGUGUGUGAGCCGGCGGUCUGGCCCCGCUCGUUGCAACAGCACAACCACAAGGUAUGGCGGGGUCCGGGCAUUGGGCGGCUGGAGCCCCAACUCUGGCGCCACUCCGCGGAACCGCUUACUGUUGCAACUUCUGGGCUCGUCUAGCCGCCGCAGUUAUAGUCUCCCCCCGCAUCAGAAGCCAACUCCAGCUGCUGCUACUGCUGCUGCAUCUCCACCCACGCCUUCUGCUCAGGCUCCUGGUAGUUCAUAUCCCACUCAUAUGCAGGUACUUCUUCCUGCCCUUUCUCCUACAAUGACAAUGGGUACAGUUCAGAGAUGGGAAAAAAAAGUGGGUGAGAAGCUAAGUGAAGGAGACUUAUUGGCAGAAAUAGAGACUGACAAGGCCACUAUAGGUUUUGAAGUACAGGAAGAAGGUUAUCUGGCAAAAAUCCUGGUUCCUGAAGGCACAAGAGAUGUCCCGCUGGGAACCCCACUUUGUAUCAUCGUAGAAAGAGAUAUCGCAGCAUUUGCUGAUUAUAGGCCAACUGAAGUAACUGAUUUAAAACCACAAGCACCACCACCUACCCCACCUCCGGUGGCCCCUGUUCCUCCAACUCCUGCACCUUUAUCUCCUACACCCUCAGCCACCUUUCCAGCUGCUCCUGCUGGACCAAAGGGAAGGGUAUUUGUUAGCCCUCUUGCAAAGAAGUUGGCAACAGAAAAAGGAAUUGACCUUACACAAGUAAAAGGGACGGGACCAGAUGGCAGAAUUAUCAAGAAGGACAUUGACUCUUUUGUGCCUACUAAAGUUGCUCCUGCUCCAGCAGCUGCUGUGCCUCCGCCGAGUCCAGGAGUGGCACCCAUUCCUACAGGUGUCUUCACAGAUAUCCCAAUAAGCAACAUUCGUCGAGUUAUUGCACAACGGUUAAUGCAAUCGAAACAAACCAUACCUCAUUAUUACCUUUCUAUUGAUGUAAAUAUGGGAGAAGUUUUGUUGGUACGGAAAGAACUAAAUAAGAUGUUAGAAGGAAAAAGCAAAAUUUCUGUCAAUGACUUCAUCAUAAAAGCAUCAGCUCUGGCUUGUUUAAAAGUUCCUGAAGCAAAUUCUUCUUGGAUGGACACAGUUAUAAGACAAAAUCAUGUUGUUGAUGUCARUGUUGCUGUCAGCACUCCUGCAGGACUCAUCACACCAAUUGUGUUUAAUGCACAUAUAAAAGGACUGGAAACCAUUGCUAAAGAUGUUGUUUCUUUAGCAGCUAAAGCAAGAGAGGGUAAACUACAGCCGCAAGAGUUCCAGGGUGGCACUUUUACAAUCUCCAAUUUAGGUAUGUUUGGAAUUAAGAAUUUCUCUGCUAUUAUUAACCCACCUCAGGCGUGUAUUUUGGCAAUUGGUGCUUCAGAGGAUAAGCUGGUUCCAGCAGACAAUGAAAAAGGAUUUGAUGUGGCUAGCAUGAUGUCUGUUACACUCAGUUGUGAUCAUCGAGUUGUGGAUGGAGCAGUUGGAGCCCAGUGGCUUGCUGAGUUUAGAAAGUACCUUGAGAAACCUAUCACCAUGUUAUUAUAAUUAACCCAAGAAUUUCUGUAUUCUCCCUGGUCACAUUGGUUCAUUCUUAUUGAGAUAUUUAUGUUAUUAAACAGGUGGUUGUUUUAAAGUUAA